CCCACCACUGCAUAAGUUCGUGAUUUGGUCAUUCUUCACCCUUCAGGUGCCGCACAGUGUGAGAGAUUUCGCUUCCCUCUGCUUCCGAUUCAGCGUAAGUUCGUGAUUUCGUCGCUCUUCCCUCUUCAGGCUUCACGGCGCGGGAGAAAUAUCGCUCCUCUCUGCGUCUUCUUCGUGCUAUAAUCAGGCCGAGGAAGUAGACAUGGUUAGAAAGAGAGAUCAAUUUUGGGAUUGUGCAAAGAAAGAAGAUGGCAAAUUUAUGUGCAAUUUCUGCCACAAAACAUUUCCCGGCGGUGUUUCAAGACUUAAGUCGCAUUUAUCUGGAAUUAGAGGCGGUGGUAUAGACAUAUGCACCGAGGUCUCUGAAGAUGUUCGAGUUGCCGCUGCUGAAGCAAUUUCUGCUAAUCCUCACAAGAGAGCCAAGGCUGAAGCCUGUUCAGUUAAGACCGAGGAGACUUUGCCAAAAAUGCUCAUCAGUAAGGAUGGCGUUUUACUGGAUAAAUUGCUCGCUAAGUUCAUCCUGUUGAAUGAUCUCGAUAUUGAUAUUAUGCGGAGGCCAUCCUUCAUUAACUAUGUGAAUGCCGUGGCUGAACAUGGUUCUAGUUAUAGGUUACCAUGUUGUUCGGAAGUCAAAACAAAGUUAGUGCCUGAUUUGAAAGAGGAAAUUGGAGAGCAAGUGGCAAAUGUGAAGAAAUCAUGGGUUAGAACUGGCUGUACACUCAUUUCUGCUAUUUCAUGUGAUGAGGAUAGAUGCUUCAUUUAUUUCCUUGCCUAUUCUGCUGAAGGGAUGGUACUAUUGAAGACGUUGGAAAUCCCCAAAGAUGAGUUAACAACAUGCGCUUUGCUGUGGGAGGCUGAUGAGCAGGGUGAUACUUUAUAUUCUAUCUUUCAAGAAAGGGAAUGCAUUGUGCAGUACAUAACUAACACUGCUCAGAAAUUACGUAAUGAGGAUAUCUUCAUUAGCAAUUAUCCCAAUUUGUACCAGACUAAUUGCGUUGCCUUUGAAAUACAUGCACUCUUUAAGGAUAUUUACAAUAAUAUCAAAUGGAUUAGAAAGGUAUUUGAUCAAGCAAAAGUGGUUGUCGCUAAAGUUCACAGGCAUGAUGAUGGCAUCUUGUUAUCAAUGAAGCAGUUGUUCACAAACAACUGGGAGUUGAAACAAUCAUCAACAACCAAAUUUUACUCAAACUAUUGUAUGCUCCAAUCAAUCAUGGGGGUUGAAAAAGAGCUGCAGUUGCUUGUUUCAUCACCUGAGUGGCUUUCGUUGGGCUUUGAGAAGGAUGAAUCAGGCGUAGAAGUGGGUGAAAUCCUUCACAGUUCUGAAUUUUGGAGUGAAGGGAAAGAAGUCGCGCAUGCCUUAGAACCGAUAUUUCAAGUACUAUGUCUAGUUGAUAGCUACAGUGCUACUUCUGGGUUCUUGUAUGCAGCUGUGGAAAUGGCGGAGGAGGCUAUUAGACAAAUAUAUGAGACUGAUGUACAUAAGUAUCAGAGAUUAUGGGCAUUUUCAAGCUACGGAAGAGUAAUAUCAUUCAUCCAAUACAUGCUGCUGCUGCUUUUCUUAACCCUGCUUACUUUUGUAGCGAGAAGUUUAAAGAGAACAAUGCAAUGAAACAGGGCAUAGAUUUCAUAUUGGAAAAAUUGGUAGGUGGUCAAGAAAAGGCAAAAUUUGUGCAAGAUAUGCUGCUCUAUCGUAGGAAAGAGCCAAAGUUGUUCAAUUGUACAGCAAUGACGAUGUCACAAACAUCUCACCCUUGUGACUGGUGGGACUUUUGCGGUGAUGACCUUCCUGUAUUGAAGAAGUAUGCAAUUCAAAUCCUAGGCCAACCCUGCAGCACUUCUUUCUGCAGGCUGACUUUGAGUGCAUUAGAAAGUGCUCAUACCGAGAAGAUGAGCCCUUGCAUGCCUGCAAUGAAGGAGGAUUAUUCAAGGACAAAUGCGUUACUGAUGGAGAAUUUCAACACAAUGAAAGAAAAAAUUAAAAAGCCACUUGACCUUGAGAAACUCGGUGAACU